AAACAAUAUCUUGAUACUUACUACUAAAUUGUGGUCCACAUAUAAGUGAAAAUUUUUUUAUUAUUCUUAUUUCUCGUAAUUUCUUUACAUUUGCCAUAUUAGAGCCAUUUCUUCUAUAGAUGUAGAUGCAUCUUUCUUUAUUUAAAUGAUUUUCACAAUCAGCUUGUUAAUGGAUCUCAGAAGCGCAUCGCGAACAGAGCUAAUGCUUAUUUUAAAAUGAAAACAAAUUGCCCAAUUUGCGUGGCAGCAACAACCAACAAGGAGGAAGCUAAUACUUUUGUGAAAAAUGUAUGAAAUAUUGAAACAUCGACAAAUUGAAAAAAAUUCUCCUUUUCCGAGAAGAUUCUGGGUCAGACCGAUUUUCGCCGUUGCUAAACGUUUUCAGCAAGGUGACAGUGAAAAUUUAGUGGCCGAGAUGAGGCAGGAAGAGAAAGAUCUGCAAAAAUAUUUCACAUAUUUUCGCAUUCUUCCUGAAUACUUUCACAUACUGUAUGCUAUCGUGAAACCGUUCAUUGAAAAACAGAAUGUUAUCCGUGAGCCUAUUUCAGCGAAAACAAGGUUAGAAAUAACUCUACGGUACUUGGCAGCAGGAGAUUCACAAGUUUCCCCUUCAUUCGCUUUUCUUGUUGCACCAAAUACAAUUAGCAAGAUAAUUCGUGAAACAUGCCAGAAAAUUUACGAAGCACUGUAUGACGAAUACUUUUUUAAACCUUCAGAAGAAAAUUGGAAGAAAAAGAUAGGCGAAUUUGAAACUCUGUGGAACUUUGAUCAUUGUAUGGCUGCAGUAGACGGCAAACAGGUGGAAAUUCAAGUGGAAAACCGAUCUGCUCGCAACUCACGGAAGAUCUCUUCACAAGUAUAAAAUGUUUGUGUACAGUGAAAACGAAAGGCCGAGAUAUAUUUUAACGGCCAGGCAACUUCGUACCACAUUUAAAAUGAGACAAAACAUUAUUAGCACGGGUCUUGCCCUAGUAGAUAUUUCGAAAGUUCCAUUGCGAAUUUCCUCCGUCUCUAUAGAUUCCUAACAUACCGAUUGUCACGUGAGUCAAGAUACAAUGUCGCCAAAUUCACUUU